UUUUGAAAGUUGACGUUUGGCAGAUUUUCGAACGGAUGGAGAGCUCAGGGAAGUGUGACAUGGCCAUGGCGAUCCUCAACAACUUCAGGGUCAAGUGUGACACCCCCAUCGAAAAGCUCAAAAAGGUGGCGGACGCCAUGAUCAAGGCGAUGAACGACGGUCUCGUAUCGGAGGGUAGUAGCGAGCUCAAGAUGCUCAACAGCCACGUCAAGAAGCUCCCCACCGGGGUUGAGAAAGGACUUUUUUAUGCAUUGGACCUUGGAGGCACAAACUUCCGUGUCCUGCGAGUGCAGUUGGGUGGGACAGAGGAACGUGUUGUCAAUCAACAAUCUGAUGAAGGUUCAAUUCCUCCAGCUUUGAUGACUGGGAGUUCAGAAGAGUUAUUUGGUCAUAUAGCCAAAGCUCUCAAAAAAUUUGUUGAUACGGAAGGUGAAGAAGGAUUUCAUCAUGCGUCAGGUAGACAAAGGGAGCUGGGUUUUACCUUCUCGUUCCCAGUGAAGCAAUUAUCAAUUUCAUCAGGGACUUUAAUAAAGUGGACAAAAGGAUUCAAUAUCAAAGACAUGGUUGGACAGGAUGUGGUUGGAGAAUUGAAUAACGCCAUCAAAGACGUUGGCCUUGAUAUGCGAGUGUCUGCUUUGGUCAAUGAUACAAUUGGAACAUUAGCACGAGGUAGAUACGACGACCCGGAUGUCAUUGCUGCUGUCAUUUUGGGCACUGGAACAAAUGCUGCAUAUGUAGAGCAAGCAAAUGAUACCACCAGGGUUAUAAAUAUGGAGUGGGGAAACUUCGAGUCACCACACCUCCCACAAACAGAAUAUGAUAAAGCACUGGAUGCUGAGAGUUUGAACCCCGGAGAACAGAUUUUCGAGAAGAUGAUUUCAGGGAUGUAUUUGGGGGAUAUUGUACGCAGAGUUUUGUGCAGUAUGGCGGGAGAAGCUGACUUUUUUGGUGAUACUGUUCCACCCAAACUGAAUUCCCAACUGAGCACCUCAGACAUGUCUGCAAUGCACCAUGACACGUCUUCAGAUCUAAGAGUGGUUGGGAGCAAAUUGAAGGAUGUCUUAGAGAUAUCCAAUACCUCCCUGAAAAUGAGAAAAGUCAUUGUGGAGGUCUGCGACAUUGUUGCUACACGAGGAGCCCGUCUAUCUGCUGCUGGGAUCUUCGGCAUCCUGAAGAAAUUGGGAAGAGACACGAUGAAGGAUGGGGAGACGCAGAAGCCGGCGGUGAUAGCACUGGAUGGGCGGUUGUAUAAGGACUACGAUAAAUUCAGCUGCUGUAUGAAGAGAACACUCAAAGAGUUGUUGGGAAAGGAGGUUGCCGACAACAUUGUCGACAUCCAGCACUUUAACGAUGGCUCUGGCAUUGGAGCUGCCCUCCUUGCCGCCUCCCAUUCUCAAUCUGAGUGAUGAUAAACAUCACACGAACACGCCCGUGUGAUUUAAUAUUUUAAAAUAUUAAAAUACUAUAUUUUAAAAAAAUAAAUAAACAUGGGUGUGCAUAACUGUUCAUGUACGCCCAGUCAUGCACGCCCGAAGUGAUGUAUAUCAUCACUCUUUCCAAUAUAUACCUGGUGCGGAUAAAUCUUGAAAAAAGAUCUAAACAUUUCAAUUUUUUUUUUUUUUUUCAAAAGUUGGUUUUUAAAUGAUGUGUCACUAUUCCAUGAGUUGGUAACACAUUUUCAAAAUAAUAAAUCUAAUGAGAUGGUGACAUAUCAUUUGGAAAUCAACUUUUAUAAAAAAAAAAAAAAAAAAUUGAAAAAUAAGGUAAUGACAUAUUAUUAUUCUUAUUAAGAAAAUAAGGAGACUUGCUCAUAAAGUAAUAUCUCUAGUAGGAAAUAUGAGAUUUGUUUCCCAUUAUAAUUAUAUUUGCUAUUUACGUGUAUUUGUA